UAAAUAUUUUAAUAAUCCAGAGUGACAAUUUCAUUUGAUCAAUUUUGGAAAAGAAAUGCUAUUAUUAUUCCGUUGUACAAUCACUGUUGUCCUUCCAAUUAUUUUCCUCAUCUUUUUUGUAAUUGGAUGUCUAAAAAAGAAACCAUCACAGAGUAAGAAGAAGCCAUCAAAAGUGUCAACAGUCACUUCAACGACGAUUAGUCAAGAGAAAACAAAUUCUAAAAGAGGAUCAAAAGAUGCUGUUGUGGAUGUUUCAAAGCCUGGAAAACUUCCAACUUUAGGAGAAAAUAAUAAGAAUUUGAGUGAUAAGAAAAGCAAGCAGAGAUCACUGAAGGCACAGAAACAAGAUGGACUGAAAAUGGAGAAGAAGGCAUCGGAUAAGCGGAAGAAGAAGGCGAAUAAGAAGAGUCCUCGAACACAGGAGACACAGGAAGUUGUGAUAAAAAACUCGAAAAAUACAGAUGAUUCCUGCAUGCACACUGCAAUUCGAGCCAAUACCAUGAUGCAUACAGUUCGUGAACCAUCAAAGAUUGCUUCUAAUGCCAAACCUAAUGAUGGAUCAGACGGAGCGGACGGUGGCUACGAAAAACUGGGUGACUUGUCAGCUGAUGAUCUCAGGAAAAUCGCAGAAGCUGCUCCGAAAUAGACCUCUUAGCUUUUUUGUGGAAAAUAUUUUGGAAUAAAUUUUUUUUAUACAAA